UCUCUGCGCGGUCGGGGGCGACAUGCUGCUCUUCACGCAGUCUGAGCUGCGACUGGGAUAAAUGUGGUCCUUGAACGCCUGGGCUAAUUCACAUGGCCCUCAAGAUUAAGGAGUACGGUUUCCUCUUGACCUCAACACGUAACUUCCAACGUGCUGCAUUUGGAGUUGUGCAAUCAUAACACAACAAGCAGCAGCUGAGAGGAGGAGGGUGGGAAGAGGAAGAUGAUGAUGCAGCGCAUCCUGAAUUAUGGGAAACUGCGGCGGGUGGCAGCAGCACGCACGUUACUGGUGGGCGUCGCCGUCCCUGAGCCACCGGUAGCCUUUUGUUGCUGUGCCCACCGUCUGUUGUUGCCACCGCCCACAGGCCGGAGCUGGCUGUCAACCUCAGCCUCCAGCAAGGCAGUACAUCAGCCAAAACACCAGCCACCACAGGAGGAACCACAGUCCAGCUCCACGCCUCAAACACAGCAAACACAGCCUGAUGCUGCAGAAGUGGACCCCCUGCAGGACAAGUCCAGCGGUCUGGUCCAGAGGUUUAAGAAGACGUUCAAACAGUAUGGGAAGGUGAUGAUCCCUGUACAUCUUCUGACGUCCUCCGUCUGGUUUGGAACCUUCUAUUACGCUGCUAUGAAAGGUGUGAAUGUAGUGCCAUUCCUGGAGAUGAUUGGUCUGCCAGAGUCACUAGUUGGCCUUUUGAGAGACUCUUCGAGUGGCUAUGCUCUGACUGCGUACGCCAUGUACAAGAUUGCAACCCCUGCUAGAUACACGGUGACUCUGGGCGGCACUUCACUCUCUGUCCAGUAUCUCCGCAAACACGGCUACUUAUCCACACCCCCACCAGUUAAAGAAUACUUUCAGGACAAAAUGGAGGAGACAAAGGAGAAACUGACAGAAAAAAUGGAGGAGACAAAGGAGAGAUUUUCUGAGAAAAUGGAGGAAACAAAAGAACGUAUCUCUGAGAAAAUGGAAGAGACUAAGGACAAGCUUUCUGAGAAACUGCAGGAAACCAAAGACAGAGUCUCCGAGGGAAAAGCAUUCUUUAGAAAGAAAAACGAUUAGCGAAUCACAUUCACAGGUGGCUUCUGAAUAAAUUAUCCUAUUUUGAUCUCGACAAGUGAUCAGCGAGAUUAAGGCAAGUGACAGACAACAUUUCUGGGAUCGUUUGGAAAGAACAGAGAGACUGUAGUAGAGAUUGUACUAUAUGUCCUAAAUUUUCACCUCACACAUUUCACUUAACACCUGUUAUCUGUUUAAAUGUCAAAUCCAGUCCCUAAUUGUCUGAACUCUGCCACGAUGCACUGUAAUUGUAGACUAGACAGCAGCUUAGCAGGCUCCUGGCAAUGCUUCAUUCUGUUUCUGUCGUCUUAGACUGGAUUUACACAGGCUCAAGUGAUCUGGACUUUUAACUCUUGGUUGGCUGUUCUGAGGGAAUCUGUGCUCUCAUUUCUUCACACAUAACACAAAAAAGGUCUGUGCUUCAAAGGGAUAAAAAUAAUCAAUUUGCCUGUGUAAAAACAGUAGUCAUUAAAGACUAUGGGACAGAGCAGUGCGAAUCCUUCUGGUUGUUGGGAAAAUAAAACUUGAAGCUCAUGUAACCUGUGUGUACUAGUCCAUCAAAGCCUUUCUGAAGGCUCGGUAUCACCUUGUGUCUUUUCUAAUGUAAUGAGAAAGAAAUUGAGUUUUUCUAUUAUAUUUUAUUAUUUUGAUAGCCCAAACUAAUGUAUUGCAUUAUUUUGGUGUCUGUAGCACUUAUUGUAUUGAUUAAAAGUUGGGUAUGAAAUGACAAAAGCCAGAUGAUUGAGAGCUGCUGCUCGAGCAGAAAAUGUCUGUUCACAUGCGAUGAGUGGAAAAUGCAGCAGGUACAGCAUGUAUGAACAGCAGACACACUAUAAUACGCAGGUGCACAUGUGCUGACAGUGUGACCAGAUGAAAUGUCAAGGAUGCUUUGGUAAAUAAACAAAUGUUCUUGUCACAAAUUCAAACACAUGUCUGGUUAAAAACACAACUGAAUAAAGUGAAACGCUAAUCAUCACA